ACUAAACCAUACAAAAAGCCUCCUUCCUACCCAGAGGUUGUGAUUUCCGGGGGUGGAUCGAGUAGUUUGACUCACCGAGAAAAUGCCAAGUCAGCAUUUCUGCCCCACAAUGAGACGGUGUGGAAGAGAGCACUACACGCUUGGUAUGAGAUGGGCUCUCCAGGUGUAUUCGAGGAAAUUGUCAACAGUAGCAGUGAAGUCCCUGACUGGGUCGGUGUUGCUGCCAAGAAGACCUUGACCUUUGUUCGGUGGGCCAACUCCCUCCAUGGUUCUAUCUUCCCCCAUCUCUCUAUGUCAAAUGAAGAAAUCAUAACCAAGUUCUCGGACAUUGUAAACUGGUCUAGGAGUCCUGUAAAAGCUUUUGCUUGGCAUCCUCACACCCUCAAAUUUGCUUAUGCCCUUGGAGACGAUUCCAUCAAAGUGCAUUCUGGGAAGAGUGACCUGGUGCCCACGCUCAAACACAAACUACAGAAGAACGUGGCAGACUUAGCAUGGCAGCCUCAGUCUGCCUCGGUCCUGGCAGUAGCCUGUCAGUCCUGUGUUCUCAUCUGGCACGUGGAGCCCACAUCACUGGCCACCAGACCGUCUACGAGUUCCUGCCAGGUGUUACAACAACAGAACCACGCCCCCGUCACCUGCCUGGCCUGGGACCCCAGCGGUCGCAUCCUUCUGUCUGCCUCGCCGGUCGACACCUCUUUAAUGGCUUGGGAUGUCCCCAUGGAGACGUGUGUUCCGCUUCGGCGGUUAGGAGGGGGCGGAGUCUCCCUCAUCAGGUGGUCACCGGACGGAUCUAAAGUCUUCUCGGCCACGCCUUCCCAGCUGUUCAGGGUAUGGGAAACCAAACAAUGGACGUGUGAGGUCUGGACCAAAUGUACAAGUCGUUGUAAGGCGGCGUGCUGGAGUCCUGAUGGUAGAACCUUGCUGUUUGCAACAGAAUCUGAACCAAUCAUAUACUCUCUUACAUUUUCCACCAGCAUUGAUGAUAUGAGCACUGUGAUUGGUGGAUCUCAGUCAGCUGUUGUGUCUGUCAGCUUGGCAGAGAUGGAUCUAUCUACAGAGGAUGGGAACAUUGUAAGGGUCGGGGGACUAGUGCAGAGCAUGGUGAUGGACCGACACGGAGAGAGACUGGCGGUCACACUACAUGACGACAAGGAACAAGUGUUGCCGUACGUCGCCCUCUUCAGAACUCGGAUUAACCCAAUGCUGGAAAUCACACCUUGUGGCUUGAUUCAGGGAGAGUCUGGGGAAUACCCGCUACAUGUGUCAUUCCAACCCAGUUUUGACAAAGGGGCUCUCCUGUCCAUUAUCUGGAGUUCUGGCGUGGUACGAUACGUCCCUCUUUACUUCAUUCCCAGUGAGGAGAUUCAGAACGUUCAGCACAGACAUGUAGCCCCUCCCUCCCUAAACGGACAGAUCCUCUCUCCCAUACCCUCACACUGACAGCGUCCAGUACAGAAACCCACCCUUAAGGAACAGAUCCUUUAUCCCAUACCCUCACACUGAUUACAGAGAUAAUAUAGAAUACUAGUGAUAAAAACAGACAAAAAUUCUUCCCUGUGUCAUUUGACUGAUACCGCUUGACAAAAAGACUUAUUGUAUCCACCAUAUCCAACCAUUGACCAUGGAUACUACUGCACAGCUUGUCUCUUCUAUUCCCAUAGUGCAAGAACCGCAAGUUAUUGCCAUACAGUAGGUUGAUUUAUGACUAGAACAUUAGUACACACAUAUCGUGGUUCUAAACAUGAAGAGAGAGAGAGAGAGAGAGAGAGAGAGAGAGAGAGAGAGAGAGAGAGAGAGAGAGAGGAUGGUCCAUUGUGUUACUCUCAUAGUGAAACAAGCUAGGGCCUAUGUUGUAUCCUUGUGACGUCUGGGUUUAUAUUCUCAUCAAGCACAUCAGACUGUAUUCAACAUGUCAGUAAUUGAAGCAGUGGCAUUUAUUAACGAAAAAGCUGUUUUGAUAUGCACUUUGUUCUAAAUCAACAAUUUGCAGCAAUAUGAUUCACAUUAUAAUUCUUUAUUACAUACUCAGUAAUUGAACAGGUUUUUUGCAUAUGUGAUAAAGAUGACAUCCCAAAACUCAUAUCGGCCUCCGGGGCUGAUACAGGUUAUCAGCCCUAGAGCUGAUACGGAUCCGUAUCACACCCCUUGCCUUUUUUCCGUUUCGGCAUUUGUGGAUGUUUACAGAAGGAAACUAAAACAUUUCUUACGUGGACAUUAUUUAAAUGCAGUUGAACACUUCAGUUUUGGAGCAGUUAAUUUUAAAACACAGGAAAUUCCGGUUCAGUAGCUACAUGUUUGGUAAAACAACAAGAUCUCAUAUUUUAUUUAAUACAUGUACAGACUACUUUCAAAUAAUAUUUAAAAUCAAUUUGUUCAAGUUGAUGCCUUUUUAAUUUUUUUAUUACUAAGUAUGUAAUAAAUUUAAUAAUAAAUACCCUUUUCAAUAUCUAAGCCUGUAUCAGGCCUCGACCAAUAUCAUCCCUCGGGCCUUUAGCCCUCGGACUGAUAUUGGAGUCUCGGGCUGUUACUGGCUGUGAUAUGGAAAAGGGUAUGUAUUAUUCUCUAUUUAUAUUGUGGAAAUUUGUUUUUCUUUAUAAAUCAGUUUCAUAUUUAGUUUGUAUUGAAUACAUGUAUAUCUGAUAGGUACAAAAAGUUUGUUAUAGAAAUAAAAAAUAAAUCAAUUUCGUUUUAAUGAA